GCUCUUGCGAGAGCAACCGCGGGUCGGCGACUACAUAGCUAGCGCCUACCAUGCUCAUAUUCGGGUUGACUGGAGGAAUCGCCAGCGGAAAAUCUACGGUCAGUCGCAUACUGGAGGAGUUGGGCUGUCCCGUCGUCGAUGCAGACGUUCUUGCGAGAAGAGUGGUAGAACCUGGCAGGCCUGCCUGGAGAGCAAUAGUGGGACAUUUCAGAGACGAAAUUCUCCAGGAGGAUGGCACUAUCAACAGAGAGAGACUCGGCUCCAUCGUUUUCGAUGACGAGUCCAAAAGAAAGACCCUCAACAGAUGUACCCACCCUUACAUUCGCAGAGAAGUAUUGUGGGAGCUAGCAAAACACUUCUCGAAAGGAAGCUCAUAUGUGGUGCUUGUGAGUCCACUGCUGUUUGAGACAAAGUAUGCCCUGCACUACAUGCGCCAGACUAUUGUUGUGAGCUGGUGAGCCUGUGUAUGUUUAUCCUCAGUGAUAACACCUCCCUCGGUACAUAGCACUCUGUGAUUAUCUAUAUCUGAUGUCACUGGGGAAUGCACUCAGACUGCAAAUGAAUAAUUGUGUGUUUUUUCUGUGUGUGUCCCCCAGUAGCAAAGUUGGACUAAUUAUGAUAUUACUUUUACACUAAUAGAAAUGACUAGUUUACUCUCUUAGAAGGCUCACUGAUUUUUUAAGGAAACUCAAAGUCCUUCAAAAAGGGCCACUAAGAAGUUUUCUUGCAACAACUACUAGACAUAGGACUAUAUAAUUAUAAGCUAAAGCACCCAGCUACAAGACUAAUUAACAUGAUAGUAAUUAAAGCCAAGAGGAUUUUUUACACACAGCACAGAUAGUCAGCAGUUGAGUCGGCUGAUGGCUCGAGACAGACUGAGCAAAGAGGAGGCCGUCAAGAGAAUCGAGGCCCAAAUCCCAUUGUCCUGCAAGAUCUCCUGGGCAGAUGUGGAGAUUGACAACUCUGGCAGCAGACUGGAGACUAGGGGUCAAGUGCAACAUCUCGUGGAGAACAUGAAGAGACUUUCUCAUUGCAGACUGAUUCUCUUCAGAACACUCAUAGCGGUGUUUGCUUCGUUCAUGUUCGUCGUUUUCUCUUUUUUCGCAGUUUCAUGACUUUUGCAACAC